AUGACCAGCCAGUUCCCCACCGAGGGCGCCGGGCCCAAGCUGCGCACCUCGUGCGACAGGUGUCAGCUUUCCAAAGUGCGCUGCAGCCGUGGCAAGCCGUCGUGCUGGCGCUGCAGCCAGAGCGGCGUCGAGUGUGUGUACAGCCCGCUCCGCAAGACGGGCCGGCCACCCAAGAAUAGCGAUGGCUCCUCCGGAUCCUGCUCACCGCGACAUCAGCGGCGAGACAAAAGCGCCGCGCGGAGGGGUUCGUCUAACACGGCGCGCUCCGACUCGCCCCGGCGCGGCUCUGUCCAACGCGGCCGGCCGCCGUUACCACAAGAGGGCGGCGCGGGACGACACAGUCACGCAUCGGCGCAUAGCCUGUAUCGAAGAAACGAUACAUCCGUUACUGGGCCUGUGUGGCACACUGGCAUGGAUGCGAUGGUGUCGCGGGAACCCAGCAUGGAACACGCCGCCUUGCUGUCGCUGCCCAUGAUGCAAGUAGGCGGCAACUUUUCUUCGCUGAGUGUGGCUGACCUAGUUCCUGACAUCAACAUGUGGACGAUGCAUUCCAUGCCAGAAUUGGACCUACAUGAUGCGCAUGCUGAUGCUGGGCUACAACCCCUGGCGGGGACUCACUCAGAUGAGGAGGCAAGUCAGUUUUUGGGUGGCGCGAUGUUGACCCCGUUGACAACGGCUGCGCAAGACACGCAUCAUGGGACUGGCUAUCACGGUCUCCAAGCAAGGGAGGGAGGAUUCUUUUCUUCCUUGGAGAGCAGCGCAGUGGCAAGUUCAGCAGAUGAUGGGGCGACGACGGGAACAUACUUUCCCAUUCAAACACCCGUGACGAGCUCCCCUAGCUACACGACCACAUCCCACACCAGCAGCACGCCCAUCAGCCCGGACGAGCGGCGGCGGCCCGAAAAGCCGCCGCGAUCCUGCGCGCGCGACGACGCGACGUGCCACCGGGCACUGUCGGACAUGCUGAUCAAGCUCGGCGACCUCGACCCCGGGACAACGGGCGGCAGUGGCAACGACGGGCGACGGGAGACGCUGCCGUCGCUGGAGGCGCUGCUAGGUAUCGAGCGGGAGCUGCGGGGCCGGGCGCGGGCGGCGAUGGGCUGCCGGCGCUGCGUGGAUCGGCCCAGUGGACAGAACCUGGUCAUGGUUACGGCCAUGGCGCUGGACAGCCUGCUGGUGCUGUUCGAGAGGCAAGGGCGACGCGAGGAAGAGGGCGAGCCGGCGGCGGACAGAGUAGUCAGGUGUUGCGACGAUGUGCUCGCCUUGCUGGCUGAGUUGGACCUGCUGGCUUGCUCCGUCAUGCAGGGCGUCAACUCGGUGAUUUACAAGCACAAGUCGGAGGAUCUGUAUAACAGGGCGUGUCAGCUGAGCAGUCGGUUCCUGUGCCAGCUGGCGCCGGGGAUGCAUGACAGCGACUUGACUUUGCUGUACGAAUAG